AUGUCAAAUCAGCAAAAAGAUGGAACACCAAUGGCUGGAUCGGAUCAGGUUUCUUUGGUAAAGGACGGAUUAGCACUACAGAACCACGACAGCAACCACUUGCCGUUCUUUGCCGACGCUACAUUGGAUCUGGAGGAAGCACACGACAUUGCCGACACACCCGAACCGACGAGACCAGUAACCCGACCCAACAAGUUACAGAUCGCCGCCGCAGUCGAGCAAAUCCCAAUGCCUACCUUGCACUUUCUCGAAUCUCCUACUGCCGACUCUUUUGCGGAUGCCAACGUCGAUCCAAGAACAGUAGCUGAUGCUACGUCGACAGGAUCGUCAAUUCCUACGAACUCAAUCAGCAGAGAGUCUCCUGACGACAAGUCUACGUUUGCCCGCAUCACCAGUCUAGAAACAGCGUAUCCUAGCAUGUCCCGUACGCAACACUCGGUACCACGCUGGCCAAGAGACCUACCUUGGGCAAUUGCGUUUGUCUUAUUUGUACCCACAGGUCUGCUCUGGCCAAUACUGACCCAAACGGAGGCAAACGAAAGCUCGCAUGCUAUAACAUUCCACCCACUCUCAACGGCAUCCUUGCACGGUUUAUUCUGGAGCGCGCUGGCUUCUGUAUUGCUCAGUCGAGCCUUGUAUCGCACUCCGAGUGGGGGUGAAGGAGAUGACGCCCGUUUCCACAUCGCGCAACUGCUGACCCUGGCGGCUCCCGUCGCCGUUUGCGUACACGUGGCCCUUGUCUUACUCAUCUUGUUGGCGUGCCCGCAUGCGGCUCUCGCAGCCUUGGUACCGGCCUGGUUUGCAGUCAAAGACAUGUAUCUGUUCCGUCGCUGGAAACAACGACGAUCGGCGCAGUUCAAUGGACCGACAGAAUCUCCAAGUACCAGCGCAUUCUCGGCGGUACAAUCCGUCGGUGGUACUCGACAAGCCUUUUUCCAAGCCUUGAUGGGUAUGACACUGGACAUAUUGUCCCGAUCGCUCCGACGCGCUUCCUUCUAUCGCGUAUUGUCGGGUGUUUUGAUCGUACAAUGCAUUACUGUUUGGCUGUGGCGGUGGGCGUUGUUGGCGGCCUUGACGAUUAGCGGUAGCAGUAGUCCUUUCGGUGCGCACUCGAAAGGAAUUAUUUUUAUGGUGGCGUUUGUGGCUGGGAAGUGGGCAACAGGUACUGUGGCUAGGUUGCUAUCACUCCUGGCCUGCGGUGGCGUCACGUCUUGGGUCGCAGUCCAGCAAGAAUUGCAGUCUGUCAACAAUAAUCCGAUGUUUUAUUCACAAGGAUCGAAUUCGAACUCGCGAAACGGAACCUACGACGCGGAUCGGGACGAAAACAUCGGGUACAGUGAAGAUGAAACUAACGACAUGCCCGAAGCCUACCGCACAGUCGAUGCCUCUGUAUACCAAAGUGUUCUGUCGAUCGAAGAUGAUCUCGACGAUGAUUACGAACUUGACGACGAUGAAUUUAUGGAAGCACCUUCUCGACGGGAACAUUCACGAAGACGUGAAAAUGCGCAACCGCAAUCAACUGUCAAAUCCAUACUGCUGGUUGGGUUGUCGAUUUCGUUUGGAUCAGUUGCACAGUGCGGCUUGGUUGGUGGACUUGCACAAUUUAUGUGGAGUCAGUUGCGUGUAGUUGAAGCUGCACGGACGGUUCUUUCAGAAGUACGCCGAGACUCCGGCUUUCAUAACAUGACGAUUGGAAGUAACGAGGCCGGUUUUUUUGGCAAAAUGUGCAAGUGCAUGCAUAAUAUGGCAAGAAAAUUUGUUCGGAAUCAUUCCGACUUGGCUAUGACUCACGUGGCCGCCUUCUACAAGAGUUAUCAAAAGGCGGCAAGGGAUGUUUCCACUUUGAUUGACGAAUCCGACUCUCAUUUUGAUAGUGACACAUCUCCCCAACAACCCCAAACAGGUGUGGAACCAAUAUUACAUGAUGAUAUCACAACUCACAUGGCGGCAUGUGUAGGCGGAUCCAUCUCCGGACUUAUUGUCAUUUUCACAACGUCAGUGUUGCUCUACCAAAGAGAUCAAAGGCAGGACCCGGGAAGUGACCUGGAAGUAGUAGAGAAUAUGCUGGUGUCCUUUGCGUUGUUUUAUACCCUGCUGUUCACUGUCCUGGAACCAAUACGGGCCAGCAUUAAGGCUGUGCAUUUGGGCUUCCCAAGAAUCCACUCCGACGACAAGGUGUGCUUGGCUAUCUUUUUAUCCUCUAAUCAGCAAGUCCUGCUUGCUCGUCUACUGAUGUAA